AUGUUCAUUGGUAUUGCUCCUAUUGGCCCUUUCAAUGGCUUACACUCGAGGAAUCCACAGGGAAAGGUCGCAGAGCUACGGCAGGAGCUCAGUAGUGGCGGCAAGAAAGACAAGAACUACUCCGCCAAGAAGAUCGCCUUGAAGAAGAUUGUUGCGAACAUGACCAUGAGCAACAACGACAUGGUUGCGCUCUUCCCCGAUGUUAUCGAGUGCAUGAAUCUGCCUAGCUUGGAAAUCAAGAAGAUGUGCUUCUUGUUCCUGGUGAACUACUCAAGAAUGAAGCCAGAGGUUGCGUUGAAAGCGCUUCCUAUUUUGGUAGAUGACAUGGGAGACAACAACCCACUGGUUCGCGCCCUUGCAUUGCGAACAAUUUCUUAUGUCCACGUUCGUGAAUUUGUCGAAGCGACGUUCCAGCCUCUCAAGCGUCUCAUGCAAGACAAUGAUCCCUAUGUCCGCAAGACAGCUGCCUUCUGCGUGGCCAAGCUUUAUGAGCACGAUAAGAAGAUGGUCGAAAACUCGGAUCUGAUCGAUCGACUUAAUCGCAUGUUGAAGGAUGAGAACCCGACUGUUGUAUCAAGCGUUCUGGCCUCGCUAGUCGAUAUUUGGGGCCGAAGUGAAUCGAUUUCUCUGACCAUCGACUACGUGAGCGCCUCGAAGCUGGUUUCAAUCUUGCCAGACUGCUCCGAAUGGGGUCAAACUUAUAUUCUCGAGGCAUUAAUGUCCUAUGUGCCUCAAGAUGCCGCGGAGGCCCUUCUGCUGGCAGAGCGAGUUGCCCCACGACUCUCUCAUCAGAACUCAGCGGUUGUCCUUACAUCCUGCCGAGUCAUUCUUUAUCUCAUGAACUACAUCGCGGGCGAAAAGCAUAUCACAUCACUUUGCAAGAAGCUAUCUCCUCCCCUCGUCACACUCCUCUCCAAGCCCCCAGAGGUUCAAUACCUCGCCUUGCGAAACGCUAUUCUAAUCCUUCAGAAGAGACCAGAGGUCCUGCGGAACGAUAUCCGCGUGUUCUUCUGCAACUACAACGACCCCAUUUAUGUCAAAGUUACUAAGCUGGAACUGAUGUUUAUGCUCACGACAAAAGAAAACAUAUCUGUUGUUCUGGCAGAACUUCGAGAAUAUGCUACUGAGAUUGACGUUCACUUUGUGCGCAAGGCUGUUCGGGCUAUCGGCAAGUUGGCGAUUAAGAUCGAGUCCUCGGCGAAGCAGUGUAUCAACACACUUUUGGAGCUGGUCGAUGCCAAGAUUCCGUACAUUGUUCAAGAAGCAACAGUGGUCAUUCGCAACAUCUUCCGCAAAUACCCCAACCAGUACGAGAGUAUUAUCAGCCACGUCAUUCGAAAUAUCGACGACCUCGAUGAACCCGAAGCCAAGGCAGCUGUGAUUUGGAUCAUUGGACAAUAUGCGGACCGUAUUGAUAACUCAGAUGGCCUACUCCAGGAUUACUUGGCCACUUUCCAUGACGAAACGGUCGAAGUACAAUUGGCCCUGCUCACAGCUACCGUGAAGCUGUUUAUUCAACGGCCUACCAAGGGCCAGCAGCUUGUACCACAAGUAUUGAAGUGGUGCACUGAAGAAACAGAUGAUCCAGAUCUUCGCGAUCGUGGAUAUAUGUACUGGCGUUUGUUGUCCACGGACCCAGCGACUGCCAAGCAGGUGGUCAUGGGUCAAAAGCCUCCUAUCACAGCAGAGAGCGAAAAGCUUGACCCUCGCACACUUGAGGAACUGUGUCUGAACGUCGGCACCCUUGCCACUGUCUAUCUCAAGCCCAUUCACCAAGUUUUCCGAGCUGCCCGUCCCCGGCGUCUGUUGCCUAGCCCAGCGCUGCAGCAAUCCGUAAUCGAGAGUGGCUCCGACACAGGCUCUAUGCUGGAAUACAACCCACCCUCCGCGAAUAUGGCUUCAGCGUCAACUAGUAACAGUGGCUUGGCCACCAUCACCACCACGGGAGUUCCAAUCACACCAAUCAACGCGCCUCCUCCGCCUAAUUUCCCCGUCGCCCCAGGGCCGAACCCCACAUCCACGGGCCCCAGCAAUAUGAAUGAGGCUGCGGAUGCGGCCGAUGCUUAUUUCAGUGGCAUUGGUUCACAGCAAAUGGCCUCGCUGGACUUGGAUGGUUCUGGUGGCGGCGGUGCGCCUCAGUCACAAUACGUCGUCACUCAAAAUCAACAACAAGUCUACCAGCCGCAAUUGGCUGGUGGGGCUGCCACUGGUGAGCUAUUGUUGUUAUAG